UAAUCAUUGUUCAUUUUGACGGCUGUCAAAUUUGAUCUGCAAAAGUUAGGUUAGGUGAAGCUAGAUUUAUUAAUGAUGAACAAUCGCUAGAUUAAAAGUCAGAUCUUAGAGUUUCGCAAUCCAAUAAUGGAAUUGAGUGAAAGUACGAUCAAGGGUCUGUCCAGUCUGCAGAAUCCGAAGAUAAUCAAUGAUGUUAUAUUUGGAAAUUUGAUUGAUAUAGCAGUUUUACAGUUGUGUGAAAAAUCUGAAGACAAAUAUGUAGCUCAACUCUACGGAUCAAAACCAGAUGUUGUCAAAGAAAUUUUUGGCAAUUUAUCGAGUCUGUUGAUCGAUGCAGCCCGUCUUGACCUCGAUGGAGAAAAAUUGAAUCUCGCUCUCUCAAAUGUAAAUAUCACUGGUCCCAGAGUAAAGAAACUAUGUGAUGCUUACGUGAGUAAUAAAGAAGGUAUCCAGGCAUCGCUGAUCAGAAUCGGCAAUAGCUUACCACACGUCGUUGAUGUCAAUUGGAAGUUAGACUACUGUGUUAAGUCAAACAUAGAAGACUCCAUUGGUUCCCAAUUAUAUACCAUUCAAUUCAGCACGAUUAAUCAGGGAAAGCCAGAGUUCAUGAAGUUCGCUUGCACAACUCAACAGCUUCAAGAACUUGUGUAUAAAUUGAAGGAUGCUGUUAGACACGUGGAAAAAGUUGCCAAUGUUUGAAAUCACGCCAGGAUAAUACAUGUCUGUAAAAUUUUUCUCCUCACAUUUCAUGUUUGAAAUAAAAUUACUUAU